CCGCGGGUUCCGGCUCCAGGUUGCUAUGGCGAUGUCGGUAGGUUUUGAUGCGGAGAGUCGGUUCGCCUUCGGCAGGAAUUAGACAGCACUGCAGGAAUAUCCGCGAGUUUUCCCAGGACAACCUGCUGACAAGACAAUGCAUUUCAACCCUCCUGUCAGUAGAGACAGGAUCAUAGCCACAUUUCCAAAGUGUUAUAAUCCACAAGCCUGCCUACAGAUGAAGGAUGAUUGGGAUACAAGAGCCAAGAGGGCUUGCCAAGACCGGGAAGCACGUCAGCAAGGGUUUGACAGGUUUAAGAUGUCAAAAGCAGUAGUAGUUGGAGAUCUCAAUGUGGGAAAGACAUGUUUAAUAAACAGGUUCUGUAAAGAUGUGUUUGAGAGAGACUACAAGGCUACUAUAGGUGUUGACUUUGAGAUUGAGAGAUUUGAGAUAUCUGGGCUGCCCUAUUCUCUUCAAAUAUGGGACACUGCUGGACAGGAAAAGUUCAAAUGCAUCGCAUCAGCAUAUUACAGAGGAGCUCAAGUUAUUAUUACCGUCUUCGACAUGGCGGAUAUCAAGAGCCUGGAAAACACGCAACAGUGGUUAAAAGAGGCACUGCAGGAAAAUGAACCAGACUCCUGUUUUGUUUUCAUAGUUGGCACAAAAAGAGACCUCCUGUCUGCAGAAGAGUGCCAGAGAACAGAGAGCGAUGCCAUAAAGAUUGCAGCAGAAAUGAACGCUGAGUUCUGGUCGGUGUCCUCAAAAACAGGGGAAAACGUCCAGGAGUUUUUCUUUCGCGUGGCAGCUCUGGCCUUUGAAGAUGCCAUUCUGAAGGACCUGGAGACAGAAAUCAGCACCACUCAGAUUGGAGAUGGAUGUAUUCUCGAUGAUAAAGCACUGGAAGAUGCACAAGAAAAACCAAAGAAGAAGUCCUGUUGUUGAUCCUCAGUGGUUUAGGAAGAAGAACUAACCCAUUUGUAUUUCGGGACAGAAUAAAUGUUUAACUUAGU